AUGGCUACCUUUAUGAAAUUUCGUCUAGUCCCGGCGCGGGAAGAGAAGGUUGACGAGAAUGACGAUUGGUAUGGGCUGAGAGAUGCCAAGGAAAGGAGGAAAAGGCAAAAUAGGAUCAAUCAAAGAGCAGCUCGCCGGCGGCAACGAGACAAUCUCGCGCGGGAGCUCGAGUCUUCUACGGCAGUACCAUCGCCUCCAAAUGCAGCUGGCCAGUGCCGAAGACCCAAUGUUUCCUCUACCCAGGUUUAUUUCCCGUUGUCCCCGGACCACAAGCUUCUAUACGUCAUUUGUCUCAACGUCUCGCGGGCAAUCAUCACCAACUACUUCAUAAUGUCUACAAUUGCGCCAGAAACCGCAUCCCUUUGCAUCAGUCGCCGAAUAUUCACAGUUGAAAGCUUUUCAGAAGCUCCUCGAAAUCUCGAUGGCACCCGUUCAUUCCCCCCAGCGUUUAUGCCGACGAAAAUGCAGCAAGAGGUUCCCCACCCCGGCUGGAUAGAUCUUCUCCCAUCCCCUCAACUGCGGGAUAACCUCAUUCUUGCAGUAACAGAAUUCGAUGUUGACGAAGACGAAAUUCUCGAAGACUUGAUAGGAGAUAUAUUUGAAGCCAUGGGCUGUGGACCAGAAGAAGAUUCAAAUGACAGUGCCCCGAACGACGCGGAAAGUCUUACAAGGCCACAUGUUGUAACCGCACAAACAAAAGAGGCACUGAAAACAUUUACUCCUACAAACACCCCCGAAGUUGGUAUCCUCUCAUGGUCCGAUCCGUGGGAGAUAUCGGGUUGGGAAGUUACAGAAAAGUUUGUGACCAGAUGGGCAUUUUUACUUCAAGGAUGUCCGGAUGUGGUUGAAUCUGCAAACAAGUGGCGAGCUUUACGAGGAGAAGAUCCUCUCGUCGUGGAGAUAUGAAGGCUAGUUGAAGCUGAUUUUG